AGGCUUUGUAGAUUGGUAAUAAGUUGAAGCAGCGAAGCCAUUCAUUUGGGGAGGAGUGUGGCCUUAUCUCCCUCACUCAACUCCCCCUGCCCGCCGUUUGAAAUAUCUCAAAUCCCCUUAGCCUAUCUUCUUCUAGCAACCGAAAGGUGAAACAAGAAGAAGAAAGAAAAAAAUGGCCUCCUUAGUAGGACUGUCGUCCUCCAUACACCAGACGCCGUCUCUGGACACUUUCUCCAGCUCUAAUAGAAGGAUAACAUCGAGUACAUCAGCAGCUUCUUGCUUGCCCUUACCAUUCACUGAUAAGUCUCAGUUCAACGCCCUCGUAGUAGCUGGAAGGCCAUUGCUCGGCUUCAAGCACUCUUUUGUUCCUCGCGCUGUGGCCACUCCCAAUUCCGUGCUCAGCGAACAGGCCUUCAAGGGCCUCUCUCUUCACCAAGACCAAGACGACCAGGACGUCUAUGAGGCUGAGGCUUCCUCCAACCAUGACGACGAACUUGACAUUUCCAAGUUGGGUUUGCCUCAUCGCCUCGUCGAUUCCCUACUCCAGCGAGGCAUUACUCACCUUUUCCCAAUUCAGAGAGCUGUCUUUGUACCGGCAUUACAAGGUCGAGACAUCAUUGCUCGUGCGAAGACUGGAACUGGCAAAACAUUAGCCUUUGGGAUCCCCAUAAUCAAACGUCUUACUCAUGAUGCUACCCAACAAACAAGUCCUCGGCGGAUGUCUGGUCGGCUUCCCAGAGUUUUGGUCUUGGCCCCUACUCGGGAGUUAGCCAAGCAAGUGGAGAAGGAAAUUAAAGAGUCUGCUCCUUACUUAAACACUGUUUGUGUUUAUGGAGGGGUAUCGUAUAAUACACAGCGAAAUGCUCUUUCCCGUGGGGUUGAUGUAGUGGUUGGGACUCCUGGUCGAAUCAUUGACCUCAUAGAAAGUAGUGACCUCAAAUUGGGGGAAGUUGAAUAUCUUGUCCUUGAUGAAGCCGAUCAGAUGCUUGCAGUGGGAUUUGAGGAAGACGUUGAAGAAAUUUUAGAGAAUCUUCCAUCAAAGAGGCAGAGCAUGCUUUUCUCUGCAACGAUGCCUUCUUGGGUUAAAAAGUUGGCAAGAAAGUACUUGGAUAAUCCUCUGAAUAUUGACUUGGUUGGAGAUCAAGAUGAAAAGCUUGCUGAAGGGAUCAAACUUUAUGCAAUAUCAACCACAUCAACUUCAAAGCAGACCAUUCUUAGUGAUCUUAUAACAGUUUAUGCGAAAGGUGGGAAGACAAUUGUUUUUACACAAACAAAACGAGAUGCUGAUGAUGUUUCUAUUGCCUUAACAAACAGCAUAGCUUCCGAGGCAUUGCAUGGUGAUAUAUCUCAACAUCAAAGGGAGAGAACAUUGAAUGGUUUUCGGCAAGGAAAAUUCACUGUGCUUGUUGCCACAGAUGUUGCAUCUCGUGGACUUGAUAUUCCAAAUGUCGAGCUAGUCAUCCACUAUGAGCUUCCUAAUGAUGCAGAGACUUUUGUGCAUCGCUCUGGACGUACAGGACGGGCAGGGAAGGAAGGUUCUGCAAUUUUGAUGUUCACUAAUAGCCAAAAGAGAACUGUCCGAUCCCUUGAACGUGAUGUCGGGUGUAAGUUUGAGUUCAUUAGUCCUCCAGCUAUCGAAGAAGUUCUGGAGUCAUCAGCUGAGCAAAUUGUUGCUACUCUUAAUGGAGUUCAUCCUCACUCUAUAGAGUUCUUUACUCCGACUGCUCAAAGACUGAUUGAAGAAGAAGGGAUAACUGCUCUUGCUGCGGCACUAGCACACCUGAGUGGAUUUUCCCGCCCACCUUCAUCACGCUCUCUUAUUAGUCAUGAACAGGGAUUGGUAACACUGCAAUUGACAAGAGAUUCAUCUUAUUCUAGAGGUUUCCUGUCUGCUAGGUCUGUCACUGGGUUUCUUUCUGAUGUUAACCCUGCGGCUGCUGAUGAAGUGGGGAAAGUAUAUCUAAUCGCAGAUGAGAGGGUUCAAGGUGCAGUCUUUGAUCUCCCAGAGGAGAUUGCUAAAGAGUUGCUGAAUAAGCAAACACCACCUGGGAACACAAUCUCAAAGAUCACAAAGUUGCCUCCUUUGCAAGAUGAUGGCCCUUCAAGUGAUUAUUAUGGCAAAUUUUCUAGCAGGGAUCGCUUUCCUAGGGGAAUAUCUAAGGAUCGGAGAGGUAUUAGAGGCUCCAGGAGUUGGAGCAGUGGCCGAAACUCUGAUGAUGAGGUCCGAGGUGGAAGAAGUAGCUGGUCUCGGACUUCAAAAAGCAGUAGGGAUGACUGGCUAAUUGGUGGUAGAAGAUCAAAAAGGUCAUCAUCCCAUGACAGAAGCUUUGGAGGUUCAUGUUUCAACUGUGGACGUCCUGGGCAUAGGGCAUCGGACUGCCCUGAGAAGCUAGACUUUUAGUGUGUUGCUUGGGUAUCGGUCCUCCACAAAACCUGGAUGAUCUUGGAACAAAGCUGUUAUUGGGCAUUUGCUUGUUGGCAGAUAUUGGCAUUCAGUUGGUCAAGGAGAAAGAUGGUCCCCUGCAGGAGUUGCAAAAAUUGAUAUAUCUGCGAGGGAACACAUUAUGUGGUUGUUCUUGGGUAUAAAUCAACCAAUUGCUAUCUAUGGGGCUCGUUCUCUCGCACUUUGUGCGCGUGUUACCAUAAAAUGCGUAAAAUCAAAAUGGAGAAAGUGUUGUAUGAAAGUACCGUGAAUGGAAGUUAUAUUCUAUGAGACAUUACACCUUUUUUUUAUUGCAUGAUCCUGAUUAACAGCUUCAA